CCUCCUACACGCGCUUAUUCCUGGAUUUGGUCAAAGGUAAGUCAAGUCAGAAAAACAGAGGGGCUUAUUUUCGACGCAUUGUUCAGCUCUUAAUGCGAAAUUACUGCUGAGUGUAUAAAACAAAACAUUCAAGGACGUUGAUGUUGAUGAUGGAUGGGAAUUUUGUAAACAAAUGAAAUUAAAUGUGCGCUUUCUGUGUGUUUUUCAGGUAUGAAUUUGCUUUCCCGAAGACUGAGCCGUCGAGGACUUUGAACAACUCAAAUUCAUGUUUUUUCUUCAAGUAAUGGACAUUUGAUUACUAUUUUUGCCUCCAGUUUGUUCCUGAAGGAAAGGCUAGCAUUUAGCUAUCACAGCCCCACCCACAAGAAGUUUUUCAGUUGAAAUUAAAACCAUGAAGGUUGAAGACAUAAAAUUAUUUAAAUAGGAUCUAUAAGUGCCUUAAAAGCACACUAUAAUAUUCCCGAGACGCUGAGGAUCUAUAUUAUCAAUAGGUAUGGCAGGGCGACCAGUAGACCCAAGAGAGAUUUUGAAAGGUGUGGAGGCUCUGCUGGGCAAGGAUGGAGAGCUCCGCAGUCUGGAAGGAGUCCCAAAAGUGUUUAGCCUGAUGAAAGCUUCAACUAAGAUGGUCAGUAGAUGUAUGUACCUGAACAUCCUGCUGCAGACGAAAUCCCACGAUGUUCUUAACAGGUUUAUCAGAGUUGGUGGCUACAAGCUGCUUAAUGCCUGGCUCACCUACUCCAAAACCACCAACAACUCUCCUCUACUUCAACUUAUCCUGCUAACACUGCAGAAGUUGCCCCUUAAAGUCGAUCACCUAAAACAGAACAAUACUGCCAAGUUGGUGAAGCAGCUGAGCAAGAGUGCGGAGACUGAGGAAUUGAGGAAAUUGGCUGCUGUGCUUGUGGAUGGCUGGAUGGCUACAAUCCGCUCCCAAAGUGUCUCAGGCAGUACCACCUCUCCUGCAGAUAAGAAAAAGAAGAAAGAGGAGACUAAGGUGCCUGUGCGUGACUUGAAGGAAAAAGGUGGAGAUGAGGAGAAGAAGGACAAACCCAAAGCUCAUGCACCCAGCCACACUAAGAUUCGCUCCAUAGGACUGGAAAUCGGAGACCCUCCCAACCCAGCCCCUCCUAAGAAGACGCCAGCUGCCCCACAGCUGGGUAGCAAGUACAACAUCAAGCCUCCAGUCCUCAAACGACACAGCUCUGGCUCAGGAGAUGCUCCACCUCAGGAGAAAAAGUAUAAACCUCUAAAUACACCCUCCAAUUCCGCCAAGGAGAUCAAAGUCAAAAUCAUUCCCGCACAACCAAUGGAGUGCACUGGCUUCCUAGAUGCUCUGAACUCUGCCCCAGUUCCCGGGAUCAAGAUCAAGAAAAAGAAACCCAGUGCUAACGCUACAGCUAGUACCAAGGUGGUCUCCCCCACAACUAACAAGGCAAGCCCAUUCGACAGCAAACCUGUAUAUUCUGCAUCUUCUACAAAACCAGCAUCUCCAGAAAGUGCUGCUUCCAGCACUCCUGCAGAUGAAAACCAGGAACCUGAGCAGCCUGGGACCCCUGUUCCCUCUGAGGACCCAGAGCCCUCUGACAAUGGCGAGAAACCAAAUGCACUGGCAGAGCCACGUGGAGAAGAAGAAAGCUUGACCAAGAAAGGCAAGAAGAAGAAGACGGUUCACUGGGCUGAAGAGGAGCAGCUCAAACACUAUUUUUACUUUGAUCUGGACGAGACAGAAAGAGUCAAUGUCAACAAAAUUAAGGACUUCGGUGAGGCAGCAAAACGAGAGCUAAUGAUGGACCGGCAGACAUUUGAAAUGGCUCGUCGGCUUUCCCAUGAUACCAUGGAAGAAAGAGUCCCCUGGACACCCCCAAGACCCCUGACGCUGGCUGGCAGUCUUGUUACUUCAGGUGCAAACAGCACAGAGAAACUCACCCAAAGAGACCGUGAAAUGGGCAUCCUGCAAGAGAUCUUUCUCAGCAAAGAGAGUGUGCCUGACAGUCCACACGAACCAGAUCCAGAGCCGUAUGAACCCAUGCCCCCCCGUCUCAUCCCACUCGAUGAGGACUCGUCAAUGCAGGAUGACGGCUACGUAGAACCUAUGGACACGAUGUCACAACCAGGCUCUGGCGAGAGCGCCAAGCUGCCGCCUGUCUUGGCCAAUCUCAUUGGUAACCUGAACAACAGUUCCCGCAGCCCACCAGCCUCCAACAUUGUCAGCAGCACUGUGCCUCCCUCUGUCAAUAUACAGGAGCUGCUGACAUCCAUAAUGGGGCCCUCUGGUAACCAGUCUACUGAAGAGUUGAUAAAGCAACCAGACUUCUCAGAUAAAAUUAAACAGCUGCUGGGCUCCCUCCAGCAGACUCAGAAUCAGAACCAGAACCAGAGUGGACCUCCACCAGUCAACCAGGGUCUGCUGGGACAUGGUCCAGGCAUGAACAGCAUGAACACCAUGCACAUGCAGAUGCCCAUGAAUGGUGGCUACCCGCCCAACAGUUCACCCGGUGGUCCUCGGUUUAACCACCCCCCGCCCCCUCACAACCACGGACCACCUUUCAGUGGCGGUGGAGGCCCACGCAUGAUGGGACCACCGCCAGGUCAGGGGAGAGGAGACGGCAACUACUGGGGAGAUGACUCGAUGAGAGGAGGGCCCCACAGAGGGGGGCACUUUCACAGAGGAGGCCGUGGUCGGGGAGGAGGAGACCCAGGAUUUAGAGGCAGAGGGCGAGGAGGUCCCAGAGGAGGAGGACACAACAAUAUGAAUGACAUGUCCAAGAGGCCUGUUUGUCGUCACUUCAUGAUGAAAGGAAGCUGCAGGUAUGAGGGCAGCUGUGCUUUCUACCACCCUGGUGUUAAUGGACCACCACUGCCCCCCAAAUACCCCGCUAACAACCAACAUAAUCAGCACCCACAGCAUGGCCACUAGGUGAUGUUGCCAUCAGCCCGGGAAUAACUGAAAGACACUAGAGUAGCCGUUAACGGCGAUCCAAUUAAUGCAGACGUCUGUCUUUAGACAAUUAUGGAAAGACCAGGAUGAUCUGUCCUGAACAGUAAGCUUGCUGCUGGUAACUGAAGAGUCUGUGACAGAACAAGAAGAGAGAAGACAAGAGAUUGUAAAUGAAUGACUGGAAGGCUGUGAGAUGAUCACUGAUGUGACUUUGUUUUUAUCGUGUUCAUUUUUAACAGUGAGAUUGGGCUACCAUGUGUCCCCACUACAUCUGAAUUGCUGCAGCUUGGCGCCUGUCUGCUUUGUCACUUUCCAAAUCAUUAACAGAGUUGGCCAAAUGAAAACGUCCAACUCAGCACACCACUUCGUUUCCUCCUUAUAGUGUUGCUCUCUAGUUUUGUUGCACCAUCAGUAAGAUUUGUACAGAAGAAUUGGAAAUGUUUUCCCUUCCUGCAUGAGACAAAACUUUAGAAAAACCAGCUGAACUUCAUCUAUGAUUUUUGAAAACUGGGCCUGUAAAGAAACAUAACACUUAAACCGCCUGAGUUUGCCUACCCCUGAGAAAACUGCUGCUAUGAACUCUGCUGAUCUGAGUAGAUCCUUUGCUUUGCUUUUGCUUUUCUCCAACAGCAGUGUGUCAUAUGUAAGCGCGUGGUGGGGCAAUCACAACAUGCUAUGCUAUUGUCAGAAGAGCCGCUGCCUGUCACCUCUGUACUCGUCUAAAUCCAGGAGGGGUUUGUGUCGUCAGUGUUAAAGAUGGGAACGAUGAGUCCCUCUGUGGGUCGCCUAUAUUAUGUGUUUUCUGUGAAAACAGUCAUUUGUGUCUCUUGUGGGACUGUAAGAGGUUUUUUUGUUUGUUUUUGUUUUUUAACUUUUCACCCUCUACAUUUUUUUUAUAUAAAUUUGACCGUGUGCUCCAUGAUUUUUUUUUUUGGGUUUGGUGGCAAUUUUUUUUUUCCGUGAAGGUAUGAACUGUAUGAAUAAAUUCAUACACAUUCAUUUUCAGUUGAAUUCUUUUGUACACAGUGUAUUAAAUAAAUGUUUAAAUACUGAGCAAGUGUUGCUGUGUUUUCCCUUGAAGUGUGACUGAUGUGAGCAACAAGCAGUUUGAGUGAAAUGUGCGUCUGUACUGCACAGAAUGAUGAACAACACCUUGGGAAUAUUUGUCAGUUCAGGUGUUUCAUUUUAAAUCAGGAAAACACAUCCUGUUCAGGCAGGUCUAUCCUCUGUGCGUGUGGAGACAGCUGACGUCAGAUCCGUGUUAUCAGGGCAGGGCUGAGUGCAUCUGGUGAGUGAAGUGUUACGAGGAGUGGCCUUUAACCCUGCCCUUUAGUGCAAAUAUUGACCGUGGUGUAUAGACCACACAAAGAUAGAAACUCAGGAGUGAAAGGCAAUAGAGGGAGCUGAAGUAAGGACACCUCAUCACUAAGCUGCUUCCACAUCCUGUUGCAAGAAACACAGAAACAUUUAUUUAGUGCUGUGUCGAGGAACAGAAGAUUUCAACAGGAAAUUGCAGUCAGGGUAAAAGCAAAGAAGAACACUAAAUGAAUGACGACCUCUCAUGCAAGUGGAGUGUCACAUAAAACAAAGCUGCAAAGCAGUAAAGGUGAAUCAAAAGCUGAGUGAC